AGGUCGUGAUUUCCCUGUCACCCUAUGUCAUCUUCUCUUAACAAAACCCACAUAAACCCUAGAACUUUUAGAGACCAUAACUCAUUCAGUUCUUAACGAAAUCAAACGGUUCUUGGAUCCAAAUUGUGUGUUUUUUCGAGACGAACAAGACUAACCGAACAGAAUUUCGAAAUUCUUCACGGUUUUUGAGAUUUUUGGACAUUUUUGGUCCGAAAUUUUGGGGGUUCUUGGUGGGUUUUUGCAAGCUUUCAUCCUUGGUGUUUAGUGCUUGUUUAAUCAUCACUCGAGGAAUGGCACGUGUUCGAGAGAGUAAGAAAGGGAAGACCCAAGAGGAACCUUCUAAAAGGGCUUCAAAGAAGGCAAAGAAACAACUUCUUGUUGUAGAGGAGUCGGACGAGUCGGAUUCGGAAUAUGAUGUUUCGGAUGAGGAAGAAGAAAUAGAAGAAGUAGAAAAGGAAGACGAGAAUAAUGAUGAGGUGGAGUUAGUGCUUGAUGAGGAUGGGAUACCGGAGUGGGAUGCGUCAAAGAGAUUGUCUAGGUAUCCUAUUGAACAUAGAGCGGGUAUGUAUCGUAAGAAGAUAGAACGAAGUAAACAACCUAGGAAAGAACUAUUUUUGUGUGAGAAGUUUAUAGUUUUGAAGGACUUUCAUGCAUUUGGUAUAGAAGAGUGUUUCAAAAAGUUAGGUUGGCUUGACUUCCUACAGUUUACUGGGGGCGACGAGAUUUAUAUGGAUGAAAUUAUAGAGUGGAUGUCUAGUUUAGAAAAGGAUGAGGGAGAUAAUCCACCGGUUACUACUCGGUUGAUUGGAAAGGUUAAUGGGGUGGACGUGGUGUUGUCAUUUGAUGAGAUGAAGAGGAUAAGUAAGUAUGAUAUUAAGGCUACGUUGAAGGGGCCAUAUACAUAUCCUAAAGAGGCGGAGUUGGCAGAUGAGACAAAGACGGAAGAGUGGAAAGCAAGAGUUCGAAGUUUAUUUGAUUUGCCCCGGGGGGUUGAUUUGACAAAGUGGUCCUUGAAGACAGAUUUUUUACGCCCUAUGCCUAGGUUUCUUGUGCGGUUUAUAACGUACAAUGUUAUGCCGCGCACUAGUGAUUUGGGUAAGGUACGUUUUCCCGAAAUGUUGGUUCUUGAAGCUUUAUUGACAGGUGUUCCAAAGUUGUCGGCCAAACACCUUAUCAUGUACAACGUGUGGGAAGCGAGGGAGAGAGAACAACGAAUGAUGAUUCCUCAUGCUAGAUUGUUAUCUUUGUUGUUGAAAAAGCAAGGGGCCAUUCCUAAGGGGGUUAAGGGGUUUGUUAAGAAGCAAACAAAAAUUAAUAUGCAAAUGUUCACUAAGGCGUCUAGGUGGAAGUAUUCCAAGACGAGGACUAAACAUCGAUUGACUGUAGAAGGGACAAAUAAGUAUGUAGAGGGGCAGAGAUCAGAUGUGGAAGGAGAUGAAGUGGAUGAGGAGAUGUCGGUCCAGGUUGGUACGAGAGUUCAAGAGGGUGUGCCUUUGGAGAUUGAGUUGGAACCAAGGAGAGUUGUGAAUGCAGGUGAAGGUGCUUCGCAGACAGCAGUGUUAGAGCCGUAUUUGAACGGGUUCACCCUGGAAAUGUUAGGGACACCUUGGUAUGUUCAUAUGUAUGAUACGGUGAUGCGAGCUAGGCCCCCAGUUUUUGGGACAUGGGAUGAAUAUAAGAGAAUUCAGUUUGAUAGGCAGUCUCAGGCGAUGGAGGAGACUAGGAUGUUUCAAAAGCUGAUGAUCUUGCAGAAUCAGCAGCGGAUGGGUGAAGGAUCGAGUUCACAGGAACCGCAUGGCAUGGAUGCAGUUAUGAGUGGCUAUUAUGAGAUGGUUUGUAUGGGACAGGAUACGCUUCUAGGAGUUUGAUGGGUAGUGUGUGUUUUCUUUUAAACACUCACUGAUCAGGGUUGCAUCCAUGAUCAGGUCCAUGUGUUUUUUCUCUUUCUUCUACUUGGCAUGUUAUGAUUGUUACUUUAAAACUGUUGGGACGGUUGAGAGGUGGAUUGGGAUGUUCUAUGGGAUGUUUGAACAUUAUGGUAACAUUUUGGUUGGAAUAGAGGGUUAAAUGUUUUGAGAUCUUAAGUUCGCAAAUGGUCCCCGCCCCAUUAUUGAUAAAAGAGUUUUCUGAAAAGCAUACAUUGGGGACAAUGUAUCCCAAGUGUGGGGAUGGGGGAUACCCGAGGGAAAUGUUUGAAAGUUCACACGAACAUUGAGCGAAUUUGAAAAAAGUAUGAAAAUUUUGAAAAAAAAAAUUGUUUCUAAGCGGGCUUAAUUGCGCUUGAAAGCUGCAUUUUCAAUGUAAAUCAUCAACUUUUCAAAUGCUAACUUAUUGGUCUAGGUCCGUAGUCAUGGUCUAAUUCUACAGAAAAGUAAUAUGAACCGUUUUCAGCAGGUGUUUUAUAGAAAAUGUUCAGAAUUGCCUAACUAGGGGUGACAAGCUCUUGGUAAUAAAUGCAUGCACACAUCGGCAACCCUAUUCCCUACUUUAGUGAGAUUUUGAGCCUACUAGAAUGGUUAGAUGAUUUGAUAUAUAUUCAUUUGUUGAGAGUGGGCUGUAUGUUGCUCUGUUUUAGAACUUGUCUGAUUUGAUACAUGCUGAGACUGUGAACUUGAUUUAUGCACAUAGAUGAUAAAGGCAAAUUAGGAAUUCCUUCACCUCUACACUUUUGUUUAACAAUUACCCUUAGUAGCCAAAUUUGAGCUUGAUAUCUAUUCGUUUGUUAAACCUAAUUAUUACCUAAACCGAACCACUCUGUUAUCAACUGUUAACGACAAUCUAUGUGUUUAGCUAUGUAUAUAGUUGUUGCAAAAAAAAAAAAAAAAAGUUCAGCCAAGUAAAUGGGUUAAAUGACCAAAGUAGGCGGCUAAAAAAAAAAUCAUGUGUUAGUAGUGUUUAAUUAUGGGUCGAAAAUAACCCAAAGUUGUUCGUUAGUAGGAUUAGUAUGAAUAAAGAUCGUUACGGUUUGGUUUUUCUCUGUUCUUAUUAGUUACUUACAAAAUCGAGAAAAAUUACCUGUCCUUAGCCCAAGCCCAAAACCCGUAAGUCCUUUAGAUAUGUGCAUUGUCUAUGUGGUACAGUGGAGGUGUGAUUGUCAAACAAGCUUAUGAGUACAGAGUUUCAUAUUCAGUUGAUGAGUGAUUAAUACUAGUGCAUAACAUACUAGUUCAGAUAUUAAACCGAGGGGAGUGACAAUUGUGAGGGGUGUGUUGCAUGAGAAUAAAAACCGGGAGCAUGUUAUGUUUAGCUGGGUAAAUUCGGUUUUAAAAAAAAUAUCAUGUUUUCCUAUUGAAUUAACACAUCUAAUGCUGAUCUGUGAAUGAGGUAUGACUUUGGACCGAACCGAGAAUUGGUAAUGAUUAGUGAGGUGUAAUUGCUAAUGUUGGUGGGAUAGUUGUGAGAAAGCUUUGCUUGGGGGCAAGCAAAGGUGAAGUGUGGGGAUGUGAUAGAAGGGUGAAUAACCGUGUUUUAGCAUGUGUAAAUAUAAGGUUUUAAGUGUUUAUUAUCAUAAAACAUGGUUACUUUGAGUGUGUUUCUAUUUGUAGGUGCCCAGAGCUUAACGGAUGGAUAUUGAAGCUAAACAAGGGGUUUUCGGGAAGACUUAUGAAGGUUCGAAGCUUACACACAAGUUGGGAUUUGAAAAAUGCCAAAAAUGGUGAGAAACCAGUACUUGGCGCAAGAAGAAACCAGUUUGGCGCAACCUAGUGUCAGUUUUGACGCAAUACAGAUGCCAGUGAGUCAGGGGCGCAACCUUGUGCCAGGGGGGGCGCAACCUUGCGCUGACAGCAGAUAAUCAUGCGAAAAUUCAGGAUUUCACUUUAUUUUGAGAUAUCUUCAACCCCAAAACGUGAUAUUCACUAACCCUAGCCGUUUUCCACUUCCUAAGGACGAAUUUUGGAGUUCCUAACCUCAAUUUUCAUCAAUCUUUCAUGCAAUCAAACAUCCAAGAAAACCAAGAAGAUCAAAUCAUGAUUAUGAGUGGCUAGAUUCUUUUGUGACCACCUCCGGGUGGAUGGUUCAUGUAUGUGAAACUCAAACCUUGUUUAUUUAGUUCUUUGGAUUGUUUUUCAUAACUUGAAGAAUACUUGUGGUUUAGUUUUGUUUAAAAGAAUUGUGAGUGUUGCAAUUAUUCAUCUUUUACCAUUCGCA